AAAAAACAAAAACCAAAUCCAACGUUGUUACUAAAUCGCCGCGGCAAAACCGAAUCGUUUCACUUUUUGACAAGCCGCUUUUUUGGAAUCUAUCUCAGUUAAUUUCCCCGAUAUCCCGCUCUCCGUGUUCCUCUCUCCGAUAUUUCGCGUAAGUAUUGGUUUUGACGAGUAGAAGAGAGAAAGGAGGAUUAUUGUGUUUCAGUUUUCAGAGAUUUUUUUUUUUUUUUGAGUUCGGUCGUCUUGGGAUGGAUGAACGGUGGAGAUUUAAAGGGUUGAAGAUCCGCAUGGCAAUGUUCAUUGUAGUGCUAUUACUGUUUAUUCAGAAUCUGAGUCUAUGUUCGUCUCUGAACACCGAAGGUUUGGCGUUGUUAAGGUUCAAGGAGAGCGUGGUGAGAGACCCUUUUGGGGCUUUAUUGGAUUGGAAUGACAACGAGGUAGUUGUUGAUCCGUGUUCUUGGUUCGGAGUCGAGUGUUCGGACGGAAAUGUAGUCAUCUUGAAUUUGAAGGAUCUUUGUCUUGGAGGAACCGUGGCACCUGAAAUUGGGAAGCUAGCUUACAUAAAAUCUAUCAUUUUACGCAACAAUUCUUUUUCUGGAAAUAUCCCAAAAGAGAUCGGGGAUUUGAAGAACCUGGAGGUUUUGGACUUGGGAUACAAUAACUUUAGUGGAUCAUUUCCAUCUGAUUUCAGCAAUAAUCUUUCCCUGAUUACACUUUUACUUGACAAUAACGACUUCCUUGGUAACUUGUCUCCUGAACUCUACGAGCUUAAGACAUUUUCUGAAUUUCAGAUCAAUGAUAACCAGCUAACUGGUACUCCUUUGAAGGCGUCUUAUAAUUGCAGAUCUUUGACAUGGAAUGCUGCCAAAUUUGGAAAUGAAGCUUACCGAAGGCAGCUACUGCAGAUGCAUGCCUCAAAUCCAUCCCAAAGGAAUGAAUUCAAGGAGAGGCGUUCAUUGUCACCAUCACCUUCUCCCUCUUCCUUACUGCCCCAUUAUCUGUCUCCGUCAUCAUCACUAUCACCGUUUUCACCAUUUUUGGCACCAUCAGGUUCACCAUUGUUGUCAUCACCAUCAUCAAAUUCCCCAUCUAAAUCCAUGUCUCCAGUAUAUUCCCCAUCACAAUCUCCCUCCAAUAUCUUUCUGACUCCUUCACCAUCACCUAUUCUAGCUCCAACUCCAGCUUCAACAAUUUCAGAAAAUCCACCUGUAGUAUCUGUUCCAAACGAAUCUCUCUGGAAUCUAAAUCCUUCACCUGUUUCAACUCCAAACCAGGAAAUCAGCAAGAAUUCCAAGAGAAAGCAUCAUCUAGUUCUAAUUUGGGUUGGAAUUGUAGGGAGUUGCUCAUUCAUUUUGAUUUCAGCGAUUAGCAUUGUUUUCUUCAGAAGCAGUAAGGUUGUUACUGUGAAACCUUGGGCAACAGGGUUAAGUGGGCAGCUGCAGAAAGCAUUUGUAACAGGUGUACCAAAGCUCCAUCGACCAGAACUUGAAGCAGCUUGUGAAGAUUUCAGUAAUAUAAUUGGUUCUUUCUCAGAUGGAAUUGUGUAUAAGGGGACUCUUUCAAGUGGGGUGGAAAUAGCUGUAACAUCAAGUGCAGUGACAUCUCCUGAAGGCUGGUCAAAAAGGUUGGAAGCCCAGUUCAGGAAGAAGAUAGAAAUAUUAUCAAAAGUGAACCACAAAAAUUUCGUGAACCUCAUCGGGUUUUGUGAAGAAGAGAAGCCAUUUACAAGAAUGAUGGUGUUUGAGUAUGCUCCAAAUGGAACACUAUUUGAGCAUUUACACAUAAAAGAAGCAGAGCACUUGGACUGGGCAAUGAGACUACGAAUAGCUAUGGGCAUGGCAUACUGUCUGGAGUAUAUGCACCAGUUGACUCCACCUAUAACACACAAAACCCUGGAAUCCUCUUCUAUAUACUUGACUGAAGACUAUGCUGCCAAAAUAUCAGAUUUCAGUUUUUGGAAUGAUACAUCUAUAGCAAAGAAGGAAGCAACUGUCAUGGACCUUUUGGAAAUCCCAUCAGUGGAACCAGAAAGAAAUGUUUACAGCUUCGGGGCAAUUUUGUUUGAAAUGAUAACAGGAAGGAUUCCAGACUCCGUAGAUAAUGGCUGUCUUGGAGACUGGGCAGCAGAGUAUCUAAAAGGAGAAAAACCUUUAAGAGAAAUGGUGGAUCCAACUCUAAAAUCUUUUCGAGUGGAUGAGCUUGAGAAAUUGUCUGAAGUGAUAAAAGAUUGUUUACAACCUAAUCCAAAGCAAAGAACAACAAUGAAAGAGAUCACAGCUAAGUUGAAAGAGAUCACAGCAAUGGAGCCUGAUGAAGCAACACCAAAAUUAUCUCCACUUUGGUGGGCAGAGAUUGAAAUAAUGUCCACAGAUUCAAGUUGAGAGCUGAAAUUGAGGCUUGAGUCUAAAUAUUUAAAAUUUUUUAUCUAAUCUUGUUCCCUGAUUUUUUUGGGUUUUGGUUGCGCUGGCUUGCAACGUAGAUAAUGCUUGUGUCUGAUGUAAGGCAGAGGAAGAUGUUUGUACAUGAUUUAUUGUAAAAUUUCACUAUAAGAAAAUUAUAGAAUUAACUUCAAAAUCAAUAAAUGUUGAUAUUUUCCAGAA